AUUACAAAUUAUCUAUCAAAACUUAUUGUCACUUGUCAAAUACACUAUCCAGCGAAGGAAUUAUCGAUUUUUUUUUCUAAAAAAACAACAUUAAACGUUAGUUCGUUGAUUUUAAGAAAGCUAUUUCUUGCACAUAAAACAUAUAAUGGGCAAAAAGGGUGCUCUCACAUUCGUCAAAGAUUUCUAUUACGAUCCUUUUAAGUGGUCACUAGUAAAGAGCGUCGGAAUAUUUGCAGUCGGCGUCGUGAUCGCGAGCGAGUGCUCGGGUUUCGAGAUAAUGCCCGCGCUUCCGCAAUAAAAAAAUAAAAUACAUUCUCAUAAGUUACAAAUAAGAAUAUAAACCACAUAAAAAUGUUAAAUUAUUUAUUGUUAUUUACGCUCUUCGGAGUUGGUAUUUGUCAACAAAAGAAGCCCAAUUUCGUUUUGAUUUUGACAGAUGAUCAAGAUGUAGUGUUGGGCGGAAUGACGCCCAUGAAGAACGUGCACCGAUUUAUUGCGAGUGAGGGCGUCACUUUCACUAAUUCGUACGUGACUUCACCGAUCUGCUGUCCGAGUCGCGCCAGCUUGCUAACCGGCCUGUACCAGCACAACCACCUGACUAUAGACAACAGUCUCCGCGGUGGAUGCAAUGGCCACUACUGGCGGCAGACCCUACAGAACCUUACCUUCGCUACAGUGCUUAAAGAUGCAGGGUACAAGACGUUCUACGCUGGGAAGUAUUUGAAUGCGUACGGCGCGGCGGAGGCAGGCGGGCCUGAAGCGAUCCCCCCGGGCUGGUCGGAGUGGCACGCGUUGGUCGGCAACUCCGUCUACUACAACUACACGAUCUCCAACAACGGUGUGCCGACGCACUCCACUGAGCUGUACCUGACUGAUGUUAUUCGGGAGUUAGGAGUGAGCUACAUAGAGAACCAGACGGAAUCCGAGCCGUUCCUGAUGGUCCUGGCGCCGCCCGCCCCGCACCAGCCCUUCACGCCCGCCCCGCGCCACGCCGGCAAGUACAGCAACGUUACUGCUGUCAGACAUCCCAACUUCAAUGUACCUGCUGAGGACAAGCACUGGCUCCUACGCAUGCCGCCGACCCCCCUCCCCGAGUCCAUGCUCCCCGAGCUGGACCGCGUGUACCGCUCGCGGUGGGAGAGCCUUCUGGCGGUAGACGAGAUGGUGGCCGAUAUUGUGGGGACACUGGAGGCUCGCGCGAUGUCGGAUAACACUUACGUUAUAUAUACGUCGGAUAAUGGAUAUCAUGUCGGUCAAUUCUCGCAAGUGUACGACAAACGCCAGCCUUACGAGUCCGACAUAAAGGUUCCCCUACUUGUAAAGGGUCCCGGUGUACCAGCCAACAGUACAAGCGCGCAGCCAGUUCUCAACAUAGACUUGGCCCCCACUAUCAUACAAUUAGCGGGGUUGGACCCGCCCUCACAUAUGGACGGAAGACCUAUUGUCAUGAGUGGGGAGGGAAAAACCGAAAGGUACAUGCUGAUUGAGUACCACGGUGAAGGAAGAACCGGUUCUGUGGACGACAAGUGUCCGUGGAAGUACGACGGAAAUAAAUUAGCUGAAUGCUACCCGCAAUACGACUGCAAGUGCCAGGACUCGCGCAACAACACGUACUCGUGCCUCCGAUACAUCGCCGAGAGGAUCAACACUAAGUACUGCGAGUUUGUUGAUCAUGAGAAUUUCAUAGAAUACUACGACCUGUCCCGCGACCCGUUCGAGUUGUGGAACAGUAUCGGGUCGGUGUUGCCGGCCGUGAGACACCGCGCGCGCCUGCUGCUGGCGCGCCUCGCGGCCUGCGCCGGCGCCAGCAGCUGCGACAACCCGCUCAGCUUGACUUAGCUCUAGGCUAAUACAUGUAUAGCAAAUA